AUGAAAAAAAUUCGAUUGGAUGACUGGUCAGUCAUCAGGACUGAUCCAAACGAACCGUACAUUGGCUACCCACCACCCCCUAUGCCUUUCGUUGGCAUCGAUCCAUUACCAUCCACGUACCCUGAGCCUGUUGAAAUUCCGGAACCAGUAGAAGUCGUUGAUGCACCUGCAGUUGACUGGGCACCAGCAUCUCGUCAGACCGCUUACACCCUUAUGAGUCGUGCAUAUUUAGCUGGUAAAGAGGGUUGGGAUCGCAGCCCGUUAUGGGCCAUUAGGUCGUACGUAGAAAAUGGUCUGAUUCCUGGCAAGCUAGCUCUCAAGCACGGUGCGGCAUACGUACCUUUACGUGGCAGGGAAGUGCCCGUUCACGAUUUUGAGGUCCUUUGCGCACAACCAGGAGCAGUCCAGUGGGUACCUACAAUGGAUGACACGAUUCCUGAUGGGGCUAUACCAGCCGGAAAUACCGGUGAUGGCGAGCCACUUUACCUUGGUAGAGUUAAACAUAGAGGUUCUCUUACUCCAGGAAAAGUUCACCCAAGUCACAGGCGGUGCUACAUUUCGUAUGGAGGCUCCGAAAUUGGAUACAGGAAAUACGAGAUACUGUGUGAAGUCUAA